GUUCUUGAAUAUCGUGGGGAACAAGUGAGACGCAGCAUUGCUGAUCUAAGGGAGGCGCAUUAUAAGAGAGAAGGCAAAGAUUGCUAUCUUUUCAAGAUAAGUGAAGAAGUGGUGGUAGAUGCUACUGAUAAAGGAAAUAUUGCCCGGCUUAUCAACCAUUCUUGCAUGCCGAAUUGCUAUGCAAGAAUUAUGAGCGUCGGUGAUGAUGAGAGCCGUAUCGUACUCAUCGCAAAGACCAAUGUUCCCGCUGGUGAUGAACUAACGUAUGACUACUUGUUUGAUCCUGAUGAGCCAGAUGAAAACAAAGUGCCAUGUUUAUGUAAAGCUCCAAAUUGCAGGAAAUUCAUGAACUAG